AUGGGAAAUAAUUUAUCUAAAGAGGAAGAAAGUGUUUUGGCUACAUGGAAAGUUUUGUUAAGAAAUAAGGGAAUCUUUACUUCAGACUAUGCCCUUCAAAGUUUAUUGCUGUGGGCUAAAUCACAGGGUUUUGGCACGGACCCUGGUACAGCAUUUAGUGUUAAGGCAUGGAAAAAAGUCGGGGACAGACUGUGGGAAGUUAUCCGAGCAGGAGAUAAAAGUGUUGUCGAUUUAGCUGUUACCUGGGGAUCGCUCUUUGAGGCGUUGAAACAAUGGAAAACAGAGCAGAAACAAGCAGAGCGGGAUGUGGACGAAGAAUCGGGGCUGAUAAUAGAAACUGACGGGGGGGAUGAGGCAGACGGGGCCUCUGAUGGGGAACUUGCUGAAACUGUCCUUGAAGAAGGUGCAGGUGCUGUGGAAGUUGCCAGGCAGGCUACCAAGGCUUCCGGGAAAGCUGCCAGAGUUUCUAGGCCGGCUGCCAAAGCUUCCGGGAAAGCUCCCAGAGCUUCUGGGCUGGAUGCCAAAGCUUCUGGGAAAGCUGCCAAAACUUCUGGGAAAGCUGCCAAAGCUUCUGGGAGAACUGCCAAAACUUCUGGGCAAACUGCCGUGGCAUCUCCUUAUCAGACUCCUAAACCUCUGUAUCUCACACCUGCGCAGCAGCUCGCGAUGGUGCCUGUAUACGAUACACCGCUACGCCAGCUAGUUGAACUGUCUUUAGCAGAGAGAGAAACCCAGCCAUCUGCCCCCCCGCUUCCCUCUGCUCUAGUCCAGCCAUCUGCCCCCCCGCUCCGCUUUCAACUGCAUGAACAAUCUGCAAGGUCGUAUCCUCCGUUACCUAGCAGUGACAGCGAAUCAAGUGACGAGUCACCCGCAGUAACACCUGAGUUGGGGCAAGGAACUGUUGUCAGUUUACCUUUUAAUAGCUCUAGCCCUAGUGCCCCAUGGACUUUGCCUCCAUGUCAAGUAACUGUGCUUCCUCGACAUCCUCAGGAGUUUUGGGAAUUUGUUAGAAAAAAAGCAGUUGAAGAAAAUAAUUGGGACAUAAUAGAAAGAUUAGGUCCUCCAAAAGUACCUCAGGAUAAGAGUGCUGAUGCAACUGUUGCCUGUACUAACCCUAUGGCUUUUCCAGUUUUUAAAUCAGCUCCUGGAGCAAGGCAGGAUGACAAUCAUCAUGUCUUUGCCUGGAGAGUUGUACAAGAUCUCCAGUCGAAGGUAGCUCAGUAUGGUAUUAAUUCCCCUGAGGUAAUGCAAUUAAUACGUGUAAUCAAUGCAGAUUUGCUUGCACCUUAUGAUAUCAUGCACCUUGCCACAAUUUUAUUCCAACCAGUGCAAUAUGGUGUUUUUCAAGAAUCUUGGAGGCGAGUGGCUGAGCGCACUGCUUUGACAAAUAUGCAGCUGCCUCAACACGACCCUCGUCAUGCUGUGGGUGUUGAUGCCCUAUUAGGCACUGGGCCUUUUGCUAAUCCAGAUUUACAGGCAAGGUGGGAUCCUUCAAUUUUGACGCAAGCUCAACAAAUUGGCAUGAAUGCUUUAAUUAAAACAAUGGAAAUGUCAGCUCCACAACAGAGGUAUGUUACUAUACAGCAAGGGAUGAGAGAACCAUUUAUGCAAUUUGUGGAAAGGCUUGCUGCAUCUAUUGAAAAACAGGUAGAUGAUGAAUCCUUGCGACAGAAAUUGUGUAUCCAAUUGGCAAAAGAAAAUGCAAACCCAGAUUGCAGAAAGAUUAUUGAUACUUUACCCGGGGAACCCACAUUGCCUGAAAUUGUUACUGCUUGCUCAAAAGUCAGUUCUGUGGAGCAUAAAAUGGCAGCUCUUGCUGCAGUUUUAAGACCUCCAUCAAAAUGCUAUAGAUGUGGGCAGCGAGGGCACGAAAGGGCACAGUGUACUACCCGGAAAACAACAACUAAUCCAAGUGCAAGCAGUGAUGUUAUGUGUAAUCGUUGUGCUAAAUUUGGGCACUAUGCUAAACAAUGCAGGAGUAAAUACCAUGCAAAUGGUCAGCUGUUGCCGGGAAACUGGAAGAAAAGCGCGAAGGGGCGCGUGGGAAUACAAAUACCCCAACAACCACAGCGGCCGGUACGGGCCUUCCCGGCACUGCAAAACUACCCAUUUGCGAGCAAUACUCAGGGGCAACAAGAGGGUCCGCAGGGAUUGAUAUACCCACCGCCGACACAGUAA